GCGCACCCAGUUUUCCGGUCGACGUACUGGCGUUCGUGACGCGUGACAGGUGCUGCUGUAGUUCUUUGCGCGGCUCGCGCUGUGCACUGACGACGCGCGCGGACUACGAUACCCAGCAUUCCGAGCGGCGGUGGUAAACAGAGCUGUCAAACAACAUCAUCGACGCCAUUUCGACAACAGCCUUAAAAUGGCAGUAAAAUGCAGAGCGAGGAUCGCUCCUCACUGAACAAGAAGCGACGCUCGCGUCCCGUGCUCGCCAAUUCAGACGCGCUUUAACGGACAUUUGAAGACGCCACGCGCCGAGAAGAUGGAUAUCAGCACGGCGGUGUUUAACGCGGCGAGAGACGGAAAACUGAAACUCAUCCAGAAGUUGCUGAGCAACAAAAGUCCGGAGGAGCUGGAGGCGCUGGCGGAGGAGAAGACGCAGGGCGGCACGCCGCUGCUCAUCGCGUCUCGGUACGGACACCUGGAGGUUGUGGACUACCUGCUGGAGCACUGCAAGGCCAACGUGGAGCUCGGGGGCUCCGUGAAAUUUGACGGCGAGACGAUCGAAGGCGCUCCGCCGCUGUGGGCGGCCUCCGCCGCGGGACACCUGCCGGUGGUGAAGACGCUCCUGAAGCACGGAGCCUCCGUCAACAACACCACCCUGACCAACUCCACGCCGCUGCGCGCCGCCUGCUUCGACGGCCACCUGGAGAUCGUCCGCUACCUGGUGGAGCACCGCGCCGACAUGGAGGUGGCCAAUCGGCACGGACACACCUGUCUGAUGAUCUCGUGUUACAAGGGCCACCGAGAGAUCGCCAAGUUCCUGCUGGAGCGAGGGGCCGACGUCAACCGCAAGAGCGUGAAGGGCAACACGGCUCUGCACGACUGCGCCGAGUCCGGGAGCCUGGAGAUCAUGAAGAUGCUGCUGAAGUGCGAGGCGCGCAUGGAGCGGGACGGCUACGGGAUGACGCCGCUGCUGGCCGCCAGCGUCACCGGCCACACCAACAUCGUGGAGUACCUGGUGCACCAGCCGCGCGCCAGCAGAGAGGAGCGGGUCGACGCGCUGGAGCUGCUGGGAGCCACGUUCGUGGACAAGAAGCGCGACCUGCUGGGCGCCAUGCGCUACUGGAGGAGAGCGAUGGAGCUGCGGCAGGCGGGCGAGAAGGCGGGCGGAUUCCUGGCCAAGCCGCCUCCGGGGCCGCCGGUGCCGGCGUACGACUGCGCCCGCGAGGUGUCCACAGCCGAGGAGCUGGAGGCGCUGAUCACCGACCCGGACGAGAUGCGCAUGCAGGCGCUGCUGGUGAGGGAGCGCAUCCUCGGCCCGUCGCACCCCGACACCUCCUACUACAUCCGCUACCGCGGCGCCGUCUACGCCGACUCGGGCAAUUUCCAGCGCUGCAUCAGCCUGUGGAAGUACGCGCUGGACAUGCAGCAGAGCAACCUGGACCCGCUCAGCCCCAUGACGGCCAGCAGCUUCCUCUCCUUCGCCGAGCUCUUCUCCUUCGUGCUGCAGGACCGCGCCAAGGGCACCCUGUGCACCCGCGUCACCUUCCAGGACCUGAUGGGCGUCCUGGGCAAGAGCGUGCGGGAGGUGGAGCGAGCCGUGGCGCAGCGGGACAGCCCUCCGGAGGCGCCGCAGUUCACCAAAGCGCUGUCCAUCAUCCUGCACCUGGUCUUCCUGCUGGAGAAGCUGGACUGCGCUCCGGAGCAGGAGCACCACAAGCGGCAGACCGUUUACCGGCUGCUGAAGCUGAACCCGCGGGCGCGGAGCGGCUACACGCCGCUGCACAUGGCCGUGGACAAGGACACCACGUCGGUGGGCCGCUACCCGGUGGGCCGCUUCCCGUCGCUGGCCGUGGCCAACCUGCUGCUGGAGUGCGGGGCCGACGUGGACUCGCGCGACUGCGAGAACAACACGCCGCUGCACGUGGCCGCCGCCAACGGCUGCCCCGAGAUCAUGGCGGCGCUGAUCCGGGCCGGCGCUCACUUCGACGCCACCAACGCCCAGCGCAAGACGGCCUACGAGCUGCUGGACGAGCAGAGCAGCGGGCGGCACGCGCUGCAGCCGCUCAACUACGUCACGCUGCAGUGUCUGGCGGCCCGAGCCAUCGAGAAACACAGACUUCCCUACAAAGGGCUCAUCUCAGAGGAAAUGGAGGCGUUCAUCGAGCUGCACUGACCUCACACGUGACCUCCGGCCAGAACCCAAGCAAUAAUCCCAGAACUCGUGGUGCGAGCGCUGGGACGGGCCGCGGACACGAGCCCCGGUCUCUCGCGCGUGUGCAGGAAGUGAACGUCUCGCCUCUUUGUGUUGGUUGCUGUUCUUUGA